CAAAUUUACAACAAGACAAGAAAAGCGCAGCCAUGACUUCCAAGGAAGUCCUUCUCAUCACGGGUGCUAACACAGGUCUCGGCUACGAGACAGUCCGUUCGCUAUGCCAGUCCUCGAAAGCAUACACCAUCCUGCUUGGGGGUCGUGAUCUCGGAAAGGCAGAGGCAGCAACGAAACAAUUACAGGAAGAGUUCUCGGGCAGCGCGAGCACAAUCAAACCGAUCCAGGUUGACAUCGAGAACGACGAGUCCAUCUCAAAAGCGUUCGAACAGGUCUCCAACGAUUAUGGCCACCUGGACGUUUUGAUCAACAAUGCAGGAAGAAUGUUUGACCAGGAGUACCAUGCCGGCAAGAUGAGCAUGAGAGAAGCCUGGAACAAGUCUUGGGACGUCAAUACCACGGGGACGCACAUUAUGACCUAUACCUUUGCACCGCUGCUCUUAAAAUCAUCCAAUCCAAGGCUGCUCUUCAUCACCAGUGGGACAUCCACGCUUGCAGAAGCCGAGAAAGGCUUGUUGUGGAUCGACCAGCCGCCUGCAAAAGGAUGGCCCAAGGAACCCAUGCGGCUAGGAGUCGGGGCGUACCGAUCCUCCAAGACGGGAAUGAACAUGAUGAUGAGAGAAUGGGCGCGCAUCUUCAAAGAAGAUGGGGUCAAGGUGUGGUGCAUUUCGCCCGGCAUGUUGGUAACGGGCUUGGGCGGAAAUCCAGAAAGGACCAAGCAAAUGGGAGGAUUGGAUCCCUCGAUAGGAGCGAAUUUUGUACGGGAUGUGGUCGAGGGAAAAAGAGAUCAAGAUGUUGGGAAGGUGAUCAGGACGGACAAUGUGCAGCCGUGGUAAUGCUGGGAUUAGUCGC